ACGGAAGGACCGGGUUUCCACCAAUACAUCCAUGGUUUCCACACCCACACGGGAGAGACAUUUAUUUAAGAUUUCCGCAUUUCGAGUUGGGCAGAAGAAACACCGAAGUGGCCUCUGCCCCGUUGCAGCUGCCCCCUAAUAAUACCAGCGUCAUGGCACGGCUUCUUCUUAGAGCAGAUUUAAGGAGAUGCGUCGCCUCUCAGAUUAGAAUGGCGUCUGAUCAGCUUGGCGAGUUGGGCAAGGGCGCAGGCAAAGGUGGAGGCGGAGGAGGCUCUGUGAGGGCGGCAGGGGGCGCAUUUGGAAAACGAGAAGUGGCAGAGGAGGAGCGGUACUUCAGGCAGAAGGAGAAGGAGCAGAUGCAGGCACUGAGGAAGCAUCACAUGGAGGAGAUUGAGCAUCACAAAAAGGAGAUUGAGCGCCUACAAAAGGAGAUUGACCGUCACAAUGGGAAAAUCAGAAAGCUGAACCAUGAUGACUAAAGCUUUUGUAAUUUCUCCUUCCGACCAUCUGAUUGCCAAGUUAAUCAUGAUCCAAUAUUGAUUUAUUCACUGCUUGUCAAGGCAGGUCCUGCAUGACACUUCAUACUGGCAUCAUAAAUACCAAUAAACCAAUAAAGCCCUUAAUUUUUGACAUUUCA